AUGAUUGAUAGUGAUUCAAAAUCAGGUAAGAUAACGUCAUCCAAUAUUGAAUCCAAAUCUAAUAUAUCAACUACAAACACUAAUGAUACUAAAAUAGCCAAUAUAACUACAAAUGACAAAUCUGAAAAAAUGUUAAAAAGUACCAGAAAAAUUAGUAAGUCUGUCAAAAGAAGAUCAACUGCUGAUAUCCCGACACAAAAGACAUUUAACAAAAAGAAACAAAAGAAAGCUAAAACUGGUCUACAGACAAAUGAACAAAAGUCUAACACAACAAGGAAUUCAACUCCAAUUUCAACCUUGACAGGAACACCCUUCACAUCUACUGGUGUAUCUUAUUUAAAUGAAAAUAUUCAAAGUGGUGCAUUAAAUAUUGCCCAAGAAUUGGCUAUGAAUAGAAAUAACACUUUGAACUCUUUGUCUCCUGAAAUAACGUAUAUUAUUUCCUCUCAGAAUCAAAUAGCAGAUAAUCCUUUCCAAAAUAUUCAUAAUGAUAACAGUUUUUCAUCAAUUCCAAAUUCAGCCCCCACAACCAAUACUAACAAUAGUAACAAUAACAAUAAUAAUAACACACUUACUCAAGCAGAUAAUAAACCAAUGAAAAUCACAUCUUUGAUAUCAAAAACAGUAUAUCCAAGACAGAGAAGACUUCUAAAUCCUGGAAAUGGAAAACUUGAAAUGUUGAAUAGUCACAUUAAUAUUGAAAAUGAUAACAAUAAUAAGAACGCUAUAGUAAUAACACCUAAUAAUAAUACUUCCAACUCUACUGUAUCUAAUCUAUAUCUUAAAUCUAUGCAAUUAUUGAAUCAUAAAAAUAACUCUAAAAACAACAAUAAUAAUUAUAUUACUGGCAGUGAUAACCAUACACAAUCAAAUAUCUUACCUGUUUCCAGCACAGAAAAUUUAACAUCAAAUAACGAAGAAUAUUUUUUUUCAUCAUCAAUAGGAUCCACUUCUACCCCGUCGUCCAAUAUUGUAAAUAAUAUGCCGUUACCUGUUCUUGCUAGCUCAAAUACAAAGACUCAAAGUAAAAAAAAACAGAUUGUCAAAAAGUCUAUUGAAACAAAAAAUGAUCAAAGUUCUAUUCUUGAUGGCACAUCCUCGUCAGUAAAUACCAUCACUAGUGUUAAUAAUAGUUCUUCUGAAGUAACAAAAUCUACAUCAUCACAAGUUUUAACAUCAACAACAAAUAGGAAAGUAUCAACAAAAAAGACGGCUACUUUAAGGAAAAAGAAAACUAAUUCAGAUAAUAAGACUACUAGUUCUCCUAAUGUUAAUACAACUAAUACUACCACUGUUCCUGUUACAUCAGUUGCUGCAAGCAUACAUUUAAACGAUAUUAUCGAAUCUAAAGUAAAAAAUUUGCCCACUUUGAAACCUAAACCAACAAAUACCAGUAAUAAUAAUAUAAUGACUAGCCCAAACACCAGAAUCACUAUUAGUAAAACACAUAUGCCUUCAAUUACACCACCCCUUUCAACAACCAGCGAUAAUCCAAAUAAUAAUGAUUCUGAAGUUUCCACCCCUAAGAGUAAUUCACCAUCACAGUCCAAUUUAAAAAAGUCUGCCAGUUCCACAACACCUUCUUCAAAGACUAAAACUAAGAAUACCGCAAAAUCCACAAGCACAUCAUCAUCCACUUCCCCUACUGCAUUAACAAUCUCUAAUAUGACAAAUAAACAAUCUUCAAAGCCUAUCACCGCAAACUACACAGGGUCAGCUACAACUUUUUCAAAGAUUAAUGAUAAUAGUAACCCAACAUCAUCUCCAACUGCAACAACAAUAGUAGCUAGAACAGCUACAAAUUCAGCAAAUACUCCAUCAGUAAAAUUAACUGAAAAAAAAAAAUCUGUUGUAAAAGUGCUACUAUCAGCUCCAAUUAUAGAAAAUCCAUCAUUAGUAAAGUCAGCUUCAAUACUUUCAGAACCUAAAAGUCAACUAGAUCAUAAAUCUUCUAAAAACACUUCUACAAAAGAAGAAAAAGCCGUCAUUUUAAAUAUUCCAUUAUAUGAUACAUCUGUAAAUGACUAUCUAGAUGAAAAUGGAACAGUGGUAGUUAAUGUAAUUGAUCUAAUAAAUAAGAAAAUGAUUCAUAAUAACUCAAAGGAUAAAGCAAAUCUAGAACAGGAAAAAAUAAACAAAAGAGGUAUUUUCAUAAACAAAACUGAUAAAGUUAACUUAACUGGCAUUAAUACAGAUGGUGACGAUAUUAACAAGGAUACAAAGAAAAAAGCACACCCAAUGAAGGGUAAAAGUCAAAUUGGUAAGUAUGAUAUGGAAGAUCCCUUUAUUGAUGAUUCAGAGUUAUUAUGGGAAGAACAAAGAGCAACUACUAAAGAUGGUUUCUUUGUUUUUUUUGGACCUUUAAUUGAAAAGGAUGAUGUUCCAAAGAUUGAAAGAACACAAAGUUCUUUAAAGAGGUCGAGGCGUUAA